CUGAUUGGCCACCCUGGCUCCCACCUCGGCACGGAUUGGCCCAGCCCUCCUCCUGCUCUGUCUCAUCUUCCUGGGCGCCGGCACUGCCCGGCUGCAGCUCCUCCGCACUGACCACAGAGCCACCGGAGGAUGCCCACGCAUCAGCACUUGGUCGAUAAGAUGAGGAGACACUCCUGCUUUGUUUUUUUGUUCUGUGGGAUAUUUUUGCCUGGAAUCCUUGGUUUUCCACAGACAAAUACUUCAAUUGAUUGUGAUUCUCUGUUACCAAAUUAUGAAGUUGAACCACAGACAUCUGCACCACCAUAUAUUAUUGCUGUAUCUUUUGAUAACUUCGAGCCAGGAAAUGAAGUCCAAGUAACUCUAGAAGCACUUGGAGAUGCUGGUUUUAAAGGAUUUAAUCUACAAGCUCGAGAAAUAGAUGGAGAUGUUCCUGUUGGUACUUUUAAAAUUACAGAUCCAAACACUAAAGGCUUGGAGUGCCAUAACAUGACGAAUUCAGCAGUGAGUAAUGCCAAUUCAGAUGUGAAACAGAAGGUUACAACAACAUGGAUUGCUCCACAUGAUAUUAGAGGAGAGCUUCAAUUUAUUGCAACUGUUGUUCAAAAUCUAGAGAACUUCUGGGUUGGAAUUCAAAGCAAAACUCUCACACCUACGCUUUCUGAGUCAGUUAAUGCAACAGGAAAAAGCAAAAGGAAGCUUAUGAUAGAAUUAGAAUGUAACAAGGUAAGAGCAACUUUUCUUCAAUUUCUCAACUUCCAAUUACCUCAGUUUUAGAGUUCUUCUUCUAGU